CCACUAACACCUUUGGUGCCGUUACUUGCCCUUGCCCGCCGUCUGCAGCAGACCUACGUUACCACUCCAUCUUCCCCGCCUGACAUCCCCCGCCAAAAGCGUGAAGUCUGUCUGUCUGAUUAUUUUGCAUCUACUCAUCUUUUGAUUUUCCAGCGAGCUUGACUUUGCCAGUUGGUUAUUGAUCCGACCAAGACGUGAAUGUCUUUACAGUAAUCUUUGUCUUUGUAUAUUAACCUCGGAUCCAUAUUCACUGGAUCUAUUCUUGUUCCACGUCUCAAACGCAUACAUCUGGCAAUUCCAGAUCGUCCAAUCACAUCAUCCCUAGAGGAAUCUAACGCCAUACAAACCAGAACUUCAUACUCUGGUUCAGCAUAAAACACAUAAUACCUAGAUCAUAGAUAUCAUUUCCAGAUAGUUACCGGCGUACUAAUUGCGAGCAGAAUCUAUCAUUUCUAUUAUCAGAAUCUUCAAUAUUUGAUCUGAAUCCACAAAUAAGAAUCUUAAUAAACCCUGAUUGAAUACUUGUCCGAUUCUAAAAUAUAUUGGUAACUACUAUUGAUCUAAUACUGUUAAAAGAUAUCAAUAAUCUUCAACUAUUCAUCACCACUGUACCAUAUCUGUACACUAGUACUUGCAUAUUAAUCAUAAUGACAAACUUACAGUCGCGUUCUGCUUCUCUUUCUACUACCGUUGACGACUCGUCUAUUGUGUCCAGUCCUCCUGCUGCUCUUCCUUCGUUUGGUACCAAGCCAAGCAUGAGAUCUGCCUCAAUCGGCUCGUCUUUCUUCCACAAAGACACGCCCAACUUCUUUGGUUCUAAAUCGGCUGCUGUUGCUGAUACAUCCUCUGGAUCUAUUGAAGAAAAAGAAUCGUCGAAUGCCGUUCUUCCUACGGCUGGUUCGAAUGACUUGGAUAUCGUGGGUGCCAUCGGAAAUCUCGACUUGGAUGACGAUUUUGCUGUAGACUCGAACGAGGCUCUUUCCCAAGGUCAUCCUUCCAAGUCCACCACUCCUUUUCUGCAACAAUCAACCUUUUUGUAUGGGGACAACGUGAACAGUUACCAGUUCUACCACCCUCAUUACCCUCCGCCACCUCACCAAGGCUCGUUGACACCUAACCCCUCUCUUGGAGGCUUUGCUCCUACUACCUUUGGAGCUUCAAACACGCCUUCCUCUACUUGGAACAACUCGUUCAUUCCUUCGUCUGCUCCUCCAUUUACUUAUAACAACGCUGGAAACAACGGUAACAAGGAUUUGGCUGCAGAUUUGCCCUCUUUUGUCAAGUCUUUUGAACUUCCUUCGACUGACGAAUCUGAAUCUGGUUCAGGCAAUGAUAAGAACGCCGACAAGAGCUCUAACGCAUCUAACUCUGCCAAUGUCAACUCCAAUGUAGCCCUUUUCUCCUCUCCUUUUGGCGGAAUCUUGGACUCCCAACUCCAUUUUAUGCCUACUGCCAAUCUUUCUGGCGGCCACAUGGUCAACGACAAGAACGGUGAAUCUGAAAACGACUUGGGCUUGCUGGAGAAGGGCUCCAGCAACUUCCAGGGAUCUUCUCCUCUUGACUUCAAUUCCCACCAGAUGAACGUUAAGAAAGGAGGCUACGACUUAGCUGGUGUUCCUCCAUUUCCUACAGGUUUGAACGACAACUUAUCGAUGCUUCCCAACGUAAUGGGUCAUCCUGGAGCUCCGGGAGGCCCCAUGCCCAACAUGUGGAACCAGCAGAUGAUGAAUUCUCAGUUGCACCCCACAAAUAUGAGAAACACCUAUGACGGCAGAGGCAUGGCUCCUCCACCUCCUCCUCAGAGCGGAAUGCAUCCUAACCAUCACAUGAUGGGCCAAUUCAACAACGGUGCCAACUCAGGAACUCGUGGAAACAGCAAUAGCAGCGGCAACCACCACAAUGGCCGCCACCGUGGCAAUUACAUGAACGAUGGUAUGAAUGUCCAUCGCAAGAUGCACAACAGCAUCAACAGUAGCAAUGGCCACGGCAGAAGAAAAGGCGACGAUGCUUCAAAGUAUGCCAAUGCCAAAUUGAGUGAUUUUACGGGCGAGAUCUUCUCGUUGUGUAAAGACCAGCAUGGUUGUAGAUUCUUGCAACGUCAGUUGGACUUGGGCCGUGAAGUUGCAGAAGGCAGGAAUACCGAUUCUUCUGUCUUGUCAAACGACAUUGCUGCCACUAUGAUAUUCAACGAAAUCUACUUGAAAAUUGUUGAAUUGAUGACGGAUCCGUUCGGCAACUACUUGAUUCAGAAGUUAUUUGAGAACGUUUCCGUAGACCAGAGAAUUAUCUUGGUCAAAAACGCCGCUCCUGAGUUCAUUCGUAUUGCAUUAGAUCCACACGGUACGAGAGCUUUGCAAAAGUUGGUGGAGUGCAUUUCUACCGAAGAGGAGUCGAAGUUGAUUAUUGGUUCCUUGAGCCCUCAUAUUGUAUCUUUAUCGAGAGACUUGAACGGUAACCAUGUAGUACAGAAGUGUUUGCAGAAGUUGAAGCCGGAAGAGAACCAGUUCAUCUUCGAAACAGCAUCAUUGCAUUGCAACGAAAUCGCUACUCACAGACACGGCUGUUGUGUCUUACAGAGAUGUUUGGACCACGGCAACUCGGACCAACGUAGGCAGUUGUCGUUAAAGGUGGCUGAAAAUGCCACCAACUUAUCGCUUGACCCAUUCGGCAACUACGUAGUUCAGUAUGUCUUGUCCAGAGGUGACGAGGGAUCGAUCCAGAUCAUCAUGGAUCACAUCAAGUCCAACAUCAUUUCUUUAUCGCUCCACAAAUUCGGUUCCAACGUCAUUGAAAAGUCGUUGAGAAUCAACAAGUUGACCAACACCUUGAUCGACGUCUUGUUGAAGCACCAGGACAGAUUCUCGGACAUGUUGAAUGACGCCUUUGGUAACUACGUGUUGCAAACCAGUUUGGAUGUAGCCAAUCCGCAGGACUUGAACAGCUUGUCUCAAGCGUUGCAGCCCUUGUUGCCCAAUAUCAAGAAUACUCCUCAUGGCAGAAGGAUUAUGACCAAGAUCCAGAGCAUUAUGUGAGGUUUGCUUGUUGUGCCAUUUUUGUCUUGACGAAAGUCUUGCUUGUUUAUAUAGCUGUAUUUUAGACUGUACAUUAUACGGAAGCAUACUAUGUAUGAUUAAUAUAAUUAUGAUAGCGU